UCUUUGCCACAGCCUUGGUUGUGUCACAACGAAAUGCCUAGGUAUUGCGCGGUUGCUUGCUGCUCUAAUCGAAGUGGCCAGUUGUCAUCUGAUAAUCAGAAGUUGGGCUUCUACCCGUUUCCACUGCAAAACAAAGAAAGACUUAACAAAUGGAUCAAAAACAUGAAACAUGACAACUGGUUCCCCACAAAGCAUCAAUGCAUAUGUAGUGAACAUUUUACUGCAGAUUCAUUUGAAUGGCGCUGGGGUAUCCGUUAUUUGAAACCACAGGCUGUACCAACUGUUUUCCCAUUUUCAAGUCAUCAGCAGAAGAAGAAACUGUGUUCUCGAUAUAUUCGUAGGAAAAAUAAUUUUCCAAAAGAACAAUCAGAAACAAAUCCCCAAAACUUUGGACCUGCUGCAACAAAUGAAGUAACAACUAAAGAAAGACUAGAAUCAUCAGUUCCUAAUGCAGAGUGUGAUGAGCAGUCCCAAAGGAAUUCAGAACUUAACACUGCAUCUGAGUCACUUGGAAAUCCAGAACAAUCUUUUGACACCACAUUAGCUGAAUCCUUCAUAACAAUAAAAGAGCUCGAAACAAACCAACUGUUCAAUGAUCAGCAACCCUUUGUCACUGAAAACGUUCUACAAGUUGAGCAUUCAUAUUGUAGACAUGGUACUGGCAAGGCCCAGCUCUGGGAAAAGAUUUUCAGAUUACAGAAAAAGAUAAAAAAACUUCAGCAACAAGAACAGAGGACUGCAGCAAAACUUAAAAAAAUGGAACAACUCAUUGAGCAUCUGAGAAAAGAAGAUCUUACUUCUGAAGAAAAAAUGAAGUUUUUGAUUUAUCUAAUGUGUAACCAGCAUCUCCUGUUUUAUUUCAAUAUCGGAAGGCUUCGGGUUUGACUCCUAGUCCAGCCUGAAUAAGUUCAUUUCAAACUGGAUGCUCAUGCAACAUUUGACAAAAGUGAAUCUGGUUCAACAAAGGAAAUAAAACAGAGCUGCUAUACAACAAACAGGUGAAGUACUAAAAGUCAUCCUUGGAAUCUUAAAUCCAUAAGAAAGUAAAUAUGUGAAUUGUAGCAAGGACAGAUGGAGAAAAAUCUACCAUAUUAAAAUAACACUGGUGAUAUAUCCUGUUAUAUCAGGUGAAAUAAAUCAUUUUUUAAAAAUCCACCAAAAAAAACAUUUUUUGAAUGAACAAUCGAACCAAAAAGGCACAUACCUUUAAUAAAUAUGAGUUCUCUGCCCGAGGUUAGGUCCUUAGCUCAUUAUCUACUGAUGCUUCAUACUUUGCUGUUUUCUUGGCAGUUUUUGUCAGUACUGGUUUAUUAUUGCCUUCUACACUCAAUGGCAGGGUGGGGAGAUGGGUCCCAAGAGUACUUCAGCUGGAAUGGGAAUUUAAUCCAUUUUGUUAGUGUCAUUCUGAACUGUACACUAGCCAUCCAAGCUAACCAACCAUUAAUAACAGACAGGGUGUUUCUCUACAGCCUUGCAAUAUCACAUUGUAACCACAAAAGAAUGUAAAGCAAUAUUAUUUGUCAUUUAAAUGAAGUUAGUUGGUAUUUAUUGCAGGUUUAAAGUACAGUGUUUAUUUUUAGACAAGGCAACAGUAUCAAAUACAGAACAACGUACAACAAUAAGUUGUAAACAAAAGUCUUGAAACAGUCUACAGAAAGAAUUCUAUCAAGUGCAGCAGACCAAUAUAUACACACAUAUAAAAUUAUAUACUUACAACAGUGUAAUCUUAAUUGGUACACAGUUAGGAUGGAACCACAGAAAUACUUGACAUGUUUGUAUUUGUGCAUGAAUUAAAAAGAAACAAAAAGGUGACAAAAUAAAUUGUCAAAAAAUUAAUAAUUUAGCAUCAGUAUCAUUUCAUUUUGACAACUUCAAAGUUAUUGCUGUGAGGAUUUGAAUGUUUAUUCAGGUUUUGAUUCAGAAAAGAAACAAUGUUCUGUAAUGAAAAGCUGCCUUUUGUGACACGUACAUUUGAGAAACCUGUUUUUAUCAAAGGUCCCCUGACAACAUCAAUGCCUGAGACAGAUUACAUUCCAUUUUUAUUAUCUGUAUUAUAAUUGUCUAGAUGACUAUACUCAGGAAAGUCCUCAAGGAGAAAUUUAAAUAUUUUUCCACUGAUAUCUUAUAGUUCAGAAGUGUAACUUAGUUGUAACAUUUAUGUCACAUCUGGAAACAGGAAAUCAGAGACGCUGACCUUAAAAUUAUCAAAGUAGACGUGAAAAAUAUAACAUAAGGGGAAAUAAAGUGCAAGGAAUACUUUUCAAUAAAGAUUCUGAACAGCAAUUUUAAUAUCAGGUUCUACUGUUUCUAUCUCUUGCCAAGUACAAAAUAAUGAAACGUUUGAAUUUACAUAUUUUUCAAGGUUUCCUGUGGACAGAUGUUGUAGAAAAACAUUCCAAUUUUUGAUCUUGCACCUUCAAGUUGUACCUUUGUAGCACCUGAGGGCAUUAGGAUUGCAGAAAAACUAACUGGUAAAACUAGUUGGCACCGAAAGCAGUGUAGAUGGAAGCAGAAUAUUACCAAGAAAUUUUAAUACAUUAACUGAAUGAAUAAAACUGAGGCAAAUGGAUUUCAAUGUAGGUAAAUGCAAGUCCUGGAAAUAAUCAAAAAGACAAAUGGAAUUACAACUUUUAUACUCUUAUGGACUAGAAUAGAAGUGAAUAGAAGUCAUGCUUCAGCAAUGCAAAAUCCUGAUUAGCUGAUCCAGAACAUUAUAAGGAGAAUAUUCUAGCACACCUUGGGAAUAGCAUAUUGGUACUGAAAAGAGUGCACCACAGAUUUACGAGAAUGAUACAUGAAGUAGAUAAAUUCUUAACAAACAAUGGGAUGAAAGGUUAGCAAGUGCA